CGCCGCCAUGGUCUCCUGGAUCAUCUCCCGUCUCGUGGUGCUGAUAUUCGGUACGCUCUACCCCGCUUACUCCUCCUACAAGGCCGUGAAGACGAAAAACGUGAAGGAAUACGAAAUGUCUGAGGAAGGAGAAGUGGGAGGAAACACUGCAGUCUGGAAGCACGUGAAAGUCCAGGGACGAGUUAUUUCUUGAACUCUUUUCUUAUGCACUGUCGUUCUACAUCUCUUUCAGUACUGCUUCUGUUUUCUUCUAAUGGCCUGAGUAAUCUUGCCUGAUUUGUGUUUUCUUACCUACCUUGCUGUUAUCAACAAUUUCUCUUGGUCGGGUCUUCAUUCCCAUUCCUUCCUGCAAUUAUUUCUCUCUCUCUGUCUGUGCCUAUGCUAUUGUUGCAAUUGUGUUAUUUAAACCACCACGGGGUUUUCAGUGAAGAAAUGUGCCACCUUUAGAGAAGUGCUGUUGUUCAAAGGUGAUUAGUGGAGCUUCUGAGGAUGUACACUUCAGUGACUUCUAGACCUAGAACUUCAGUCCUCUGCCAUAUUUAACUGCGUUUCUUUUCCUCUGCGGGUAGAGGGGUAGAAUGAAUGAUGGUAAAGUGGAUGAUGUACUGGAUUGUUUUUGCCUUUUUCACCACUGCAGAAACGCUCACAGACAUUGUUCUUUCUUGGUUUCCCUUUUAUUUCGAGUUGAAAAUCGCAUUUGUGAUUUGGCUGCUCUCCCCUUACACCAAGGGCUCCAGUGUCCUCUACAGGAAGUUUGUGCACCCAACGCUCUCCAAUAAGGAGAAGGAAAUUGAUGAAUACAUUACUCAGGCUCGUGACAAAAGCUAUGAAACCAUGAUGCGAGUUGGCAAAAGAGGAUUAAAUCUGGCUGCAAAUGCAGCAGUUACUGCAGCUGCAAAGGGCCAAGGAGUUUUGUCUGAGAAGUUACGAAGUUUCAGCAUGCAGGAUCUCACUCUGAUCCGCGACGAAGAUGCUGCGCAUUUGCAAAGCCAUGAGUCACAGCUUCGCCCCUCUGGAGGAAGCCUCCUUGAAACUAUUGAGGAUUCAGCUUCCUGUUACUCCUCAGGAGAGGAGAGUGGCGUGGCACAGAGACCUAAUGGAACCCCAUCAGAGAUUAGAACAGACCCAUCAGAUGAAGAUGCAGGAGACAAACUGCCAAAACGUUCACAGAGCCUCAAAGCUCCUAGGAAGAUGACAAAAUCUGAGCUGCCUGUAAAAAGUGUGAAAACCCGCCCUAAGAAGAAAGCUGCAGGUUCUCUUACUUCUGGGGAGUCAUCCUAAGGAGCCCUCCCCUCCACAACACCCGUCUCUGUCCCAGGAUUUGCCUGUAGCUUUUGAGUGGAAACUCUCCUAAGGAAGGGAGCUGAGAUUAAUGUACAUAACAGAUACUGCUUUGUAGAGCUCGUUCUAAGGUCAAGGGGGGAAGCUGGGAUUCAGAACGUGGAAUAGAGGAUGCACGUCCUCAGGAAUUUUCUCCUUUUCAUCCCCCUCUUGGAGAAAGUGCUAAUGUGUCUGUACAUAACCUGUUGCUUUGAAAUUCCUUCCGUAUAACCCUAACUGGAGAGAAUCUUGAUGAGGAGAACUGACCAGGGUUAGAGAUACCUGUUGCACUGAUGGUGGAAAAAUAAUCAGACAGUGGAGUUCCUCGGGGUUGGGUGGCUCCCCACAUUGUCUUAUUUUGCUCUGGGUAUCCUUCUGCAGCUGUGUUAAGAAGUGCCCACAACGAUUCAUUCCGUCUUAAGAACAGACCACAACUGUCAUGUUCCAUCCCCUUCCAGAAGUGACUAAAAUGGUGUAUGCUGAGUGCUUUUGAAUGUAAAGGACUCACUCAUGGGAGGAGUAAACCAGAUUAUGGAUUUUAGUACUGCAAGAUGAGCUUGUUUUUAUUUUUCUAAAAGGUUAGUGAUGAAAUUAGUAAGCUUAGUUAUGAAGAAAAUGUGCUGUUGUCUGCAUACAUGAAGGAGUAGAUACAGAUAUCCACGGGAGGUGGCUGUUGAGAAGGAAAGGUGAUCAUUCAUAAGAUUUUGGCAAUAUUUUUUUUUUU